UUUUUCUUUUUCUUUUUUCUAAUUUCGUUCCGGCGGCUAUUAUAAUAAAACGUUGGGUCUCUCUCACUGGAUGUAUCAUUAUAUUUAUCGGAAUUCACUUAUUACAUGAUUAUGAAACUAUGGAAAAAUAUGGUUAGAUUACGAAAAUGUAUGUGAUAGCUAAAUUAAAGGCGGUACUAGAUUGCAAUUAAUUCCAAAUAAGAACAAGAGGAAAAAUAUACUAGCAACUAGAGGAAAAAAAAUUCCACAGUCAAUAUGAAUAAGCUAUGUGUGACUGUGUGUGCGUGUGUGUUUUGAUGUAUAAAUGUCAAAGUUUGGAAAUAGGAAAGAGGAGCCAAUGACUUCAACUCCUCCACCACCACCACCACCAAAGUCUUCAAACCGCCAGCUGCUGCCGGAAGAGGUUAAUAUCAUCACUUGCUUUCAUUCUUUCUUCUUCCUCCAUGCCGGAAACUCAUCCUCUUGGUCUUCUGCUCGUAUUCUUCCAUGGCUCAACUAAAUUACCAAGAUAGCCCUCCAAAGAAAGAUAAUCACCACCCUCCACCCAGGGCCGGCCGCAGCGGCUGUUUUCCGGGCUGUUUCGGUUUCUCUGAUAAAUCAUCUACCCAAAAAGUCAAACAGAAAAAAAAAACCAAAUCAUGUCUUCCCUUCAAAUCCCUCCGGAAAAGUGUUCCCGUGAUUGGUGAUGAGGAUGCAAUUACUGAAAAGCUUCAUCAAAAAAGAAAAGAAACUAAUUUUCGCAUGCCCAAUUUGAGUAAGAAAUUCUCGGCGGCUAACAACAAGUUACCUCCACCAGCUGAUCAUGUGACAUCCCAAACCCCCCGGCCGGUUGACGCCACGGUGGACCAAACCCAAAUUCCGACUGCGGCGGCGGCUGAAGCCGGCCACGGCGGGGCUGAUCAUCAUAAUACUAAUAUUUUUAAGGAAGGAGAUGAAGACGAUCAGAAAAUCAACCUCGAAAAUGGCAAAAGCAUGACUAAUCACUCAAAUUCGAUCCCUGCUGCUAAGGAGGCCCCCGCCACGUAUAGGAAAAGCGUAUUUUUUAGAAGGAAUUCAUGGAGUCAACCGGCCACGUCAUCACCGGAGCAAAAUAGCGAAAUCAGCCAGCAACCGGCCGCGGCGACGGCGCUGACACACUCCGCCUCCAUGCCGCCAUCGUCGGCCGGCCGGCUGGCAAAUGGCGGAGGAGGAUACACGGGGGAGACUUCUUCUUCUUAUUCUCCUUCUUCACAAAGGGAAGAAAAAGACACGAGAAAUAGUAGGAGUAGUAAGGUGGUGGCUGGCAAGUUUGACCAGAUGGUUGGGAUGUCAAUAAUAGUGGUGACCCUAAUCAUUAUGGUAAUUUGGGGUAAGUUAUGUGCUAUUCUGUGCACGUCUGCAUGGUUAUAUUUUUACCCUCUUCUAAUUAGGUCCACCCAUACCCAUAUUCAUCCUCAACCAAAUCAUAAUAUCCCUAUCAUCACUCCAAAUGCUUCAAAACCCUUGGACCUUGAACAUGUUGAAUCCAAAAAGUCCAAGAAGAAAGUUGUUUUUGAAGGUUUUUUGGAGAGAAGCCAUAGAGCUAAAGGGGGUUGAGGUUAUUUUUGUAAUUAAGUUUGUUUGCAAGUUGCGAGUUUUUUUUGUUCUGUAAUUUACAAAUCGAUCAAUUUCACAUAACUGUUAGCUAAAGAUCGAUUGUAAUAGAAGCGGAUAGGAGUUUUGCAAUCAAAGUCGUAAAGGGUUCGGUGCCCUUCUAGUGGAUCAGGUUCCAAAAAACAACAAUAACCAACAGAAAAAACAAAAAAAAAAAGAAGAAAGAACGUUCCUAUAACCUUUUUAUGUUCUCAAGUCUUUCUAAAGGUCUUUAGGUUUUUUCUUCCUUUUUUAUUUUCAACAAAAUGAAGAGAAGUGGUUUGGUGGGAAAUGUACAUUAGUUAGUUACAAGAUGCUCCUUGAUGUAUAUUGUUACAGAGAAAUUCAAACUUUGUUGAAUAAAGAAAUUGGUAGUUGUUUUAUUUUUAAUAUUAUGUUAUGUAACCCAUAGGCCAGAGGGUUAUUAGUUUGCACG